AUGAGGUGUUAUAUCAUUAUAUUUGAAGUAGAGAUGAAUAUUGAAAAAAUCAAAAAAUUGCAACAGAAUGCAGCGCAAGUUCGAACAGGUGGAAAAGGAACUGCUCGUAGGAAGAAGAAAGUUGUACAUAAAACUGCUGCGACUGAUGAUAAAAAAUUACAAAGCAAUUUAAAAAAGCUGUCAGUAACAAAUAUUCCUGGUAUUGAAGAAGUAAAUAUGAUCAAGGAUGAUGGCACUGUAAUUCACUUCAAUAACCCGAAGGUCCAGGCAUCGGUACCUGCUAAUACUUUUUCUGUUACUGGAAGCGCGGAAAAUAAGCAAAUCACUGAUAUGCUCCCCAGUAUACUCAACCAGUUAGGAGCAGAAUCGCUGACACAUUUGAAAAAACUGGCUAAUAAUGUGACUAGCCAGUUCAAAACGACAGAGGACGAUGAAGUCCCAGAUUUGGUUGGAGAUUUUGAUGAGGCGUCAAAGAAUGAAUCAAAGGUAGAUGAUUUGAUGCGCCUCGAUCGCCCAAAAUUUUAUCAAAAUGUUUGUUUACCCAUCGAUCCCGGGGAUGCAGUCAAUCAGUUGAUUGGUGGCGCUGUUUGCCGAAUUACUGGUCAAGAAUCCGCUGAUAUUCCAAUUAGCCAAUAUCUUAUGGCUCCACAGAAGUUCGACAACAUUUAUUUGGGUGAAACUUUUACCUUUUAUGUGUGUAUACAUAAUAUUAGUGGUCAAGUGGUGAAGGAUAUUUGUGUAACAACAGAUUUACAAACAACUAAUCAGAGAAUCGCAUUAUUAUCGAAUCUGCAAGAAGCAUAUCAGAGUUUGGAAGCGGGUCAAUGUUUGGGGGCGAUAAUAAGUCAUGAAAUCAAAGAAGUUGGACAACAUAUAUUGGUUUGCGCAGUUAAUUACAAAAGUUCUGCAGAUGAGAAGAUGUAUUUUCGAAAGUUUUUCAAGUUUCCUGUUACUAAACCAAUCGACGUAAGGACGAAAUUUUAUAACGCUGAGAAUAACGACGUCUACUUGGAGGCUCAAAUUCAGAAUACAUCUUCGGUGCCAAUGAUAUUAGAAAAAGUCACUCUUGAACCGUCUGAUUACUACACAAGUGUCGAAAUUGCUCCACCUAAACCAGCAAAAGAAAUGGAAUUAGAAUCUUUUUAUCUCAUUCCGAAUGAUAUUAGGCAAUAUUUAUAUUGUUUAAAGCCAAAGAUAUCGGAUUAUUCAUUGAAUUAUUACAGGAAAGGAACAUCAAUUGGUAAAUUAGAUAUGAUUUGGAGAAGUGCAAUGGGCGAAAGAGGUCAUCUUCAGACCAGUUCGUUACAUCGAAUGGCACCCGGUUAUGGCGAUUUGCAUUUGACUAUCGAAAAAAUUCCCGAUUCAACCAAACUCCGCCAAAUUUUUGAAAUUACAUGUCGGCUACGAAACUGCAGUGAACGGUCAAUGGAUUUGGUUUUACAUUUGGACGGUACUUUACAACCUCGAAUUAUUUUUUGUUCAACAAGUGGCAUUCUUUUAGGGCAAUUGCUUCCGAAUAGCACAGUUGAUUUUUCUUUGGAGCUGUUUCCUAUAUCUCCGGGACUUCAGACAAUUUCUGGCAUUCGUGUUACCGAUACAUUAUUGAAACGCACUUAUGAACAUGAUGAUUUUGCUCAAGUUUUUAUCACAUAA